UCAAGAUAACGCCGCGUUGCUGGACACGUUUUUAUGUUGGUCUGUGCUCUGGCAACCACAGAAUAUUGCAAUGAGAAUCAUGAAGAGACCAAACAUCCUUCUCACUGGAACCCCUGGAGUUGGCAAGACCACACUAGGCAAAGAGGUGGCUCAGAGAACAGGACUAACUUAUGUCAAUGUUGGUGAUUUGGCACAGGAGGGUCAGUUGUUUGAUGGAUUUGAUGAAGAAUACCAGUGCCCUAUAUUGGAUGAGGACAGGGUUGUGGAUGAGCUGGAGGACAAAAUGGGAGAUGGAGGCAUCGUAAUAGAUUACCAUGGCUGUGAUUUCUUCCCUGAACGCUGGUUUCACAUUGUUUUUGUCCUCCGUACAGACAACACCAGUCUCUACAAUCGUCUUGAAAGCAGAGGCUACACAGGAAAGAAGCUCCAGGACAAUGUGCAGUGCGAGAUUUUCCAGACUAUCUAUGAGGAAGCCAUGGAAGCCUAUAAGCAGGAGAUAGUCCACCAGCUCCCCAGUAACACUCCUGAGGACCUGGAAAGGAAUCUGGAGCAAAUUAUUCAGUGGAUUGAACAAUGGAUGAAAGACAACAAUUGACAAGGGACAUUUUAUUUAACAAGCUAACACACUUUUGAGUUCAUCUCUUAAGUAGACAGACUGUAGAAAUCAAGUUUCAUAGUUAUAGUGGCCUCAGAGAUAGUAUGUUAGUCCUUGCUCAGCAGAACCAAUGUGACUAACAACUGGAUUUGAGAGAAGUUAAAAACAAUUCCAUAAUGAAUGGUAAGGAAUAAAUAUUUUUAUAAUGUAA